CCGAGGGUGCAAGAGCCGAGCCUCUCUCCCGCAGCCGACUUUGAUUAGCGGGCGGGCUGAGGGAUUGGGUGUCUUCCGCGCGCGCCUGCGGCAGCCUCGCUAUGGAGGCUCAGAAAGAAGCUCUACAAAGGAUUAUCUCUACUCUGGCGAACAAAAAUGAUGAAAUCCAGAACUUUAUCGACACACUGAACCAUACAUUAAAAGGUGUUCAGGCUAAUUCUUCUAAUGUAAUUGCUGAGCUGGAUGAGGAAUUUGAUGGUCUGUAUUCUAUACUGGAUGAGAUGAAGGAAAGUAUGACCAACAGUAUUAAGCAAGAACAAGCUCAUAAAUCUCAAGAGCUACAGAAUCAACUUAGCCAAUGUAGUAAUGCCUUGGAGAAUUCUGAAGAACUUCUAGAAUUUGCUGCACGGUCACUGGACAUAAAGGACCCUGAGGAGUUCUCAAAGGCCGCCAGACAGAUCAAAGAUAGAGUCACAAUGGCUUCAGCAUUCCGCAUCUCUUUGAAACCAAAGGUCAGUGAUAACAUGACUCAUUUGAUGGUGGACUUCUCUCAGGAAAGGCAGAUGCUCCAGGCUUUAAAGUUUUUGCCAGUCCCCAAAGCUCCAGAGAUAGACCCAGUAGAGUGUCUGGUAGCUGACAACGCUGUAACGAUAGUAUGGAGAAUGCCAGAAGAAGACAACAAAAUUGAUCAUUUUGUAUUGGAAUAUAGGAAAACUAAUUUUGAUGGGCUUCCUCGAGUAAAAGAUGAAACAUGCUGGGAGCUGAUAGACUAUAUUAAGGGCACUGAAUAUACAUUAUCUGGACUGAAGUUUGAUUCAAAAUAUAUGAACUUUCGGGUAAGAGCUUGCAACAAGGCUGUGGCAGGGGAAUACUCUGAUCCAGUGACUUUGGAGACUAAAGCACUUGUCUUCAAUUUGGACAAUACAUCAUCUCAUCUGAACCUGAAAGUUGAAGAUUCUUAUGUUGAGUGGGAUCCUACUGGAGGCAAAGGCCAAGAAAACAAAAUAAAAGGAAAAGAGAAUAAAGGCAGUGGCCAGAUUACUGUACUGAAGAACAAUACAAGAAGUGGCACACCAUCUCCAAAGAGGACUUCUGUUAGUUCGAGGUCACCAUCGAUAAGGGGCAGCAGAGAUCGCUUUACUGGUGAAUCAUACACAGUGUUGGGAGACACUGCUAUUGAAAGUGGACAGCACUACUGGGAGGUGAGAGCCCAGAAGGACUGCAAAUCCUACAGUGUGGGAGUAGCGUAUAAAAAUCUGGGAAAAUUUGAUCAACUGGGAAAGACUAACACAAGCUGGUGUAUCCAUGUCAACAACUGGCUACAAACCACCUUUGCUGCAAAGCACAAUAAUAAAGCCAAAGCCCUAGAUAUGACUGUUCCGGACAGAAUAGGAGUGUACUGUGACUUUGAUGGAGGUCAGCUCUCAUUUUAUAAUGCAAGUUCAAAGCAAUUGUUAUACACCUUCAAAACAAAAUUUACCCAACCACUACUACCAGGUUUCAUGGUCUGGUGUGGCGGACUUGCAUUGAGUACUGGACUGCAGGUGCCGAGUGCUGUGAAAAUGCUCCAGAAGAGUGAAAAUGGAUUGAGUGGUUCAGCUAGCAGCCUAACCAAUGUUACCCAAUAAUGUGUCUCUUUAGAUGCUAUACUCCUGUUUCUGAGUGGGUUUUUCUGUGCAGCUGCUAUUCACAGGAGCUUGUGAGCAAUGGAUUAACUGGCUUUGCUACCCACUGCUGCUUUAAGGCCUGGGCACCAAUAGUGCAAAGGUUCUGGGCUGAAGCAUUAGCAGAAAUUUACUGUGAAUCCAGAGAGCCAGAUAGAAAGCGAGUCUGACUUUUUUGAUGUUUUGGAUGGGGAAGUCAAGAGCUGUAGCUAUGCGCUUGUAUAUUAGACUGAAUUUGAUUGUAUUAGAUACUUGAUCAUUUCAGUAUAACUGCACAUGGCAGGUAUGAUCUUAGUUUGAAAAGCACUUAAUACUACUCACUUUUUUCACUCGUUUCCUCACCCUGAAAAGGAGUCCGUUUUGAGGUCCUAAAUGGAAGCUUUAAAUAUGUGACCCUCUGAAGAAACCAGUCCCUCAAAUUUCCACAUACAGAUACGGCAUGAUGCAAGUUUGAGACUUGAGAUGUUCUCCUAGAGUAGCUAAUGUGAUUUUGACACAGGUUGGCUACCCUCUGGUAUUAGUUGAAUAAAUAGUGCAUCAUUUUGUUGUGGUCUUUAGUUGUCUAAAUGGGCACAGUGCUGAGUAUCCUUUUAUAGGCUAUUCAUAGUUAGAACACGAGCUCAGUAAUCCUGCAUCACUUUAGUGAAAAUGAAGACUUCACAUCAAUUUUACACUAAUGUUUUCAGAGCAUUCCUGAUCUUUACUGUGUGAGCCCUCUACUUAGAUUAUUGGGGAGAUAUGCAUAAUAGCACACUUUCCCCAAUGUUACCCUUAAUAAGCUUUCAGCUAUAUUUGAUUACUUUUUUAAGCAUCCAGCUUGGAGUAUGGGUAGGCUUUAAAGUGCUUCCAUGCUUUCUAUAUUUAAGUGUCUUGUUUUUAAUAUGCAGUUUAAAUAAGAUUUUUGUCCUGUUUCAACCAGAUUUAUAUAAUUUAAAGUUUUCAAACUCAUUAGAAGUGUGUAAACAUGCAAAGAUGGUGGUGGUGAGGAGGUGUUUUAAGACUUCAAGAAUGCAGCUAAGAUAAAGCUUAGUAGACAGCCCAACACUCAUUCUAUGUUGCACUUAUGACAUUACAUUCAUUUUAAUGAAGAAAUAGUACCACUAAUUUCACUAAAUUACAUAGUAUCCAUGCACAUUAAUGUAGCAGAUCGGUUCAUCGUACUUAAUCUACUAUAUGCACUCUUGCUCCUUUCAAAAAAGCAAGGCAUAUGAAUAUCUCUAAAGUUAGACUGGGCAGCACAUCACUUACUGCUGAACCCCACCUGUAUCACUUCUAACCCAAGUAGAGGGUGAAUAGUAAGAACUACUCACUAGCAAAAGGUUGUCUACAUGGAAUGAGACUACAAAACUGGAAAGCUACUAGGAGCUUAAAAAUACAAGAGCAUAAUUUAAAUGGGUAGGACCACUUUGUGUAUCUUUGAAAGCUCUGAACUUUUUUUAGUUCUGAACCCCCUCAAGCUCUUACCUUUUUAAAUGCACUGUCCCAUCUGAAAGGCUUCCCAAGCAACUCUUUCCUUACUGCCUGCGAUCUCCAGAAUGAAAUAAUUCUGGUGGUGCUGACUAGAGGUGGUCACUAAACAAUGCUGAAUUUCCUCCUCUCACCCCUUUAAUGGGACUGAAUGUGUCUACUUUUUCCAGCCCUGGAUUUCUCCCCUGAAACAGGACAGAGCAUCAAACUGUUACUAGACCACCGCACCAGCCCUCCUCCUCCUCCUCUCAUUUUAAUGGUUUGUACUCCUUUGUAAAGAUUGCUAAUCUAGAUUGCUUUUUAUAAAAUCUGUUUAUCGUUCUUAUGCUGCUCUGGGAGAGACAUAUGCUGCACUCAAAGUUUUUAACAAAUAAUAGAAUCACUCUUCAGUAUAAGGGAUUUUGUUUUAUAAAUGGAACAGAUUCAGACCCCUCCCACAGCAAUUUCAUAUGGAUGUCUGCUCUCCAUGUACUUCUCCCUAUUGAGGCAACCAGUUGCUAAUUGAAGAACUUGUAGAGAAUAUCUAGUGACUAUCUAGAGAAUAUCCUUAGCAGCAAACCUUUGCAUACAGUAGCAAAAUUAUUCAUGUUAAUGGAGAGAGCUAAGAAAACAUUUUAGUAUAAAAGUCUCAAAGUUUUGUACUAGUGUUAAAUCUCUUAGCCACUUUUAAUCAGUUUCCCUUCCUAUUGUAGUCAAGGGUCCCACAAAAUGACCUGCAGAUGAUGGACAAUAUUGUGACCGAUUUUAGUUCUAUAAUUAAAGGUCUCUUAUGGUGCACAGUCACACUAAGACUUUUCUACGAGCAUAAUGCUGGUGGCUGUGGUGAAAUGCCUCCCUUCUUGGGAGUUGAACUGGGGGAUAUGGGGAGGGGACAAUUUGCACUCUGCACAUUCAGUCCCUGGAAACAGAGACCUUCAUCUAAGUUUAGGAGCACUUCAGGUCUUCCUCUUGAAGGAAAGUAGAGUGAAGAAAUCUCAUGCAACAACUUUGGAGAUCACAGGCAAAAUCAGAUGUAUUUAAUCUGUUUUAUACGUAGUUGAAUUUGGCCCAUGAUCUCCAGUGGUGUUGCACAGCGUUUGCGACUCCUUUUUCAGAAACUGAGGAUAAGCUGACUACCUUCUUUUGGUAUUCAGUUCCACAUAUGAAUUUAACAUUUUCUCACGGCUUGUUUUUCAGGCUUAUUUUAUAAUAUGGUUAUACAAAUCUUUUUUGUGGGGAAAGAGGAAGAAAACAGCUUCCAGUAUGUUUUCUCUCCUUUGCUGCAUUUCUUGUCCAAUUUAAAUGUACAAAACUGAAAACAAUUUCAAAUGAUUGGCGAAUGGUUUUGUGCUAAAUGAGCUCAAUAACAUCUGAAUCAGCUUAUCGUCAUACUCUGGGACAGUCCAUGUUGUCUUAGUAAAGCCAUCAUCCUAAUUACCUUCAUUUUUGGAGAAUCAGGUCCUUAAUGCAGCAACGUGAGCAUUCAUAAAUGUCCAGUGAAUUGAGGGAGUGAGGCAUGCAGGAUGGGGCUCAAAAUUGUGAUUUUGAAGGGAGGUGUAAGCUUUGUUUCUAUUUUGAGACUCUUAAGUUGAUGGUAAUAAAGGUUAGUUUCUGUUCCUAUCUGUCCAUCUCUAACUUUUCAAUAUGGGAUAGUUAGCUACAGUUCCUGCUAAGUUUUCCUUAACUAGUAGUAUACACUUACUUUUACACAAAGUAAACACACAUAAGGGGGGAAAAACCAGUAACCAUUGAGUCAAAUGCAAAAAUUGAAUGCAGAUACAUAAUUUACUUGAACAUAUUUUAGCAAAUUGUAAGGAAACCUGCAAGGCACACUUGAUUAUGCACAAGAUGUAGACAAUUGAAAUCUCCCCCCCC